CUCAAACAAACUUAAACUCACUACUACUUCUUGAGCUUUUUCAACACCAACAAACAAAUGGCUCCAAGAACAUACCUUGCACUCUUCAUUUCCCUCAACCUCCUCUUUUUCACUUACACCACUGCGACCACCCCAAGCACAGGGUCUUGCCCUCGGGAUUCUCUACAGCUCGGUGUUUGCGCCAAUGUGCUCAAGCUAGUGGACUUAACAUUGGGAAACCCACCUGUAAAGCCAUGCUGCUCUCUCAUCCAAGGCUUGGCUGACCUUGAGGCUGCAGUCUGCCUCUGCACUUUGCUCAAGGUUAACAUUCUUGAAAUCAACAUUAACCUUCCCAUUGAUCUCAGCGUACUACUCAAUAUUUGCGGUAGAAAAGCUCCAACGAACUUCCAUUGCGCCUAAGUUGAAUACUUAUAAGCAUACGUAUAAAAUGAAUGAAUACAGUUUAUGAAUUCUGAACCUAUUAUCUUAUCUUCUUGUUUUAUUUUAAGGUGAUUUUUUUUUUGUAUUUGACUUGGAUUGUUUAAAAUGAACGUAAUUUCUCAUGCAAUAAUGGAUAAGGUGUAAUCGGCAAGUUUGUACUCCUUUGCUUUAUUCUUCCUCCAUCUCUUCUUUG